AUGUUGAGAACGCAAAUAAGAGCCAUACCUAGGUUACCCACCACCCGUUGCAGGUCGUUGUACACCUCAGUAUUGGAUUCGGAUAUCAAUAUUACCAAAAAUGGCAAGGUCAAUGUAUCAGUUGGACCAGGAGGUCGUUCCUCAAGAACCGGAUACACUGCAACUGUAUUUGGUGCUACUGGGUUCUUGGGCCGUUACCUUGUGUCCAAGCUUGCUAGACACGGUACCACCACAAUCGUUCCAUACAGGGACGACUUGAAGAAGAGAUUUUUGAAAGUUGCUGGUGAUUUGGGAGUUGUCAAUUUUGUCGAGAUUGAUGCUCGUAAUUUACAAAGUAUACAAGACUCAGUUGCUCAUUCCGAUAUUGUUGUCAAUUGUAUUGGAGCUGACUACAACACUAAAAACUUUUCGAUGGCCGACAUCAAUAUUGGGUUAGCGGAGAGAAUUGCCCAGGCCACGAAAGAUGCUGGCGUUCCAAGGUAUAUCCAUGUCAGUUCCUACAAUGCUGAUCCUAAAUCUGAAUCGGUGUUUUAUGCAACAAAGGGAGUUGGUGAACAAGUAGUUAGAGACAUUAUCCCCGAUUCGACCAUUGUCAGACCAUCGCAAAUGUUUGGAAGAGAAGACAAUUUGUUGAACUAUUUGGGUCCCAAGAUCAAAAUGUGGACUCCCAACAAGAACCAAAAACAAAUUUACCCAGUCCAUGUACUUGAUGUCGCUAGAGCUUUGGAAAAAAUUGCCUAUGACGAUUCAACCGCUGGCCAAUUGUACGAAUUAUACGGACCGGAGAAGUUGUCAUACCUAGAUAUCAGACAAAUGAUUCAUGGUAUUACUGAAAACUACGCACAAGCAGGUCCAAUCAGUUACAACUUUUACGAUUACGACUUGCCAUUGCCAAUUGCCAAAUUGAUUACACAGUUGCAACAAUUGGUGUGGUGGAAGUUGGCAAACCCAGACCAAAUGCAAAGACACGUUAUAGAUCAGCAUAUAGACCCUGCAGCUAAAACAUUUGCAGAUUUGGGCUUGCAUGACCAAACUAAGUUGGCUGAUGUGUUGUUUACUUAUGUCAAACAAUGGAGACAUCCAUUGCUUGCACAAAAAGGUGGACCAAACCACAAGAAGUUGGACGAAUUGAGAAGUAUCCAGCAUUUCACUGAUUAG